GAUGCAUUGUGUGUGUGUGGCUUUGCACACCUCUGUGUGUGACACAUUGUGAUGAGCUGUGUGCUCGAACCGGUGAGAGGCGGUGCGUUACUGGGAGAAGGAUUCCGACGGUCUGUGCCUGUAAAUAUCGCGUGGAGUGACAACGGCGGCGGAUGAUGCUGUGAGGACGUGGGAAGCCCAGGGUGCCGCUAACAGGGAGAUUGUGCUUCUGGAGGAGUCACCCAUUUCGGGAGCCCUGGUUCCACCCAGAGACCAUCCCCAGACCUGACUACACCCUGGAAGCCCUAACCACGCCCUUAGUGCGUGGCCACGCCCCCAGGAGCCUUGUUCCACCCCGAGCCCGCCCCUAGCCCUGAUCCGCCCUCAGGAUCCUUGGCCUCGGGUGGCGGAGGCCACAUCAUCAACGGCGAGGACUGCAGCCCGCACUCGCAGCCUUGGCAGGCGGCACUAUUCACGGAAAACGGAUUCUUCUGCGGGGGCGUUCUGGUGCAUCCACAGUGGGUGCUGUCAGCGGCACACUGUUUCCAGGACUCCUACACAGUCGGGCUGGGACUGCACAGUCUUGAGGCCAACCAAGAGCCAGGCAGCCGGAUGAUGGAGGCCACCUUCUCCAUACAGCACCCAGAGUACAACAAACCCUUUAUCGCCAACGACCUCAUGCUCAUCAAGUUGAAAGAAUCGGUGUCCGGGUCUGACACCAUCCAGAACAUCAGCAUUGCCUCCCAGUGCCCAACAGCUGGGGAUUCUUGCCUCGUUUCUGGCUGGGGUCAGCUGACUGAUGGCAGGCAGCCCCAAGUGCUCCAGUGCGUGAAUAUCUCGGUGGUGCCCGAGGAGAUCUGCAAUGCCUUCUAUGCCCCCGUGUACCACCACAGCAUGUUCUGUGCUGGCGGAGGACAGGACCGGAAGGACUCCUGCAACGGUGACUCUGGGGGCCCCCUGGUCUGCAACGGGUCCCUGCAGGGCCUCGUGUCUUUUGGACAAGCCCAGUGUGGCCUACCCUACGUGCCAGGUGUCUACACCAACCUCUGCAAGUUCACUGACUGGAUACAGAAAACCAUCCAGGACAUUUAACUACUGGAACUUGGUCCCAAGAAACUGAGCCCCCAGUAUAUGUUGUGGAAGGGAUUCAGGACCCUGGGUGUCCAGUGCUUUCCUCCCUGAGACCCAGGAGUCUAGACCCCCAACCCCCUCCUCCCUCAGCCCCAGGAAUCCAAUCCCACCAAGAAUCUUUUCCUGUACUAAGUGCCCCCUAGUGGCACAAUGUUGACCCGGCCUAAGCAGUAGCAGAGAAGGUUGGUUUUUCACCUUUUUGUUCCCUUCUCUUAAGCCCAGAAAUAAAAUCUAAGAGAAACACAGGCUCUGUUUGAACUGUCAUCCUUGCUUCCACUCCCAUUCACAGGAUUCCAGCAAAUAACUUUUCCUCCUUGGGCCUUAGUUUCCCCCAGGAGGGCCACUGGAUUCCCAAGGGAGGAGAUAUGCUUGAGCAGUUAAGAGAAAUUGAUUCUGUGGAUGUUGUCCAAUUUCAAAAGUCAAGUCGGCAAAUGACAAAUUAAUGAGGUUUUCUUGCUUAGUUUUUUUCUUUUUUUUUUUCUUUUUGCUUUGGUUAACUUGUUUUGGUUUUGUCUUCUUAAAUGCAUUUGAAGAAUUUUUCAUUUGAAUCUGCCUCAGAACUCUCCUGCUGUAACUGGGGCAUGGUGGGAAGAAUCAUGGAGAAAUAUGGAGAGUGAGGGCAGAGAUGGGGGGAGACUGAGGGCCCAAGAAUAUUUGGAAUUGUUAUCAUACUCUUCACUGAUAAAUUAUAUCCAUAAGAAUAUAGUGCUAAGAAUGUCUAUUCAAGAAUAUAUUAAUAAAUAUUUGGGAAUCUAGUCAUCUGGAGAUACUCCUCAAAAUACAUAAAGUAAGAAGUGAAAUAACUAAAAGUUAAACAAAUCCCCACUUAUAGAAGAGGAUUUAAAGAUGGUUCUUAGGAGGGAUGGGUUAGCCUGGUGAUG